UUAGUUUGAAGGGGACAAAAUAGAAUAAAUAAUUUUUGAAAAAACACAAAAUUCCAGACACUUUUGACCAGACCUGGUGUAUUUUUUAAUGCUGCACUAACUUAAAUAUAGUAUUACUAGAUUGUACCCGCGGCUAUGCUUGCAUUAAUGUCCCAAAUACAUGUCAAAUGUCAUCGACAACCAUGUAAAACUCAUUUUUCUGUCCCUCUGGAUCACUAUUCCUUUUCUGUAUAAAAGGUACUCUAUGUCCUUUUCUGUAUACAUGACAAUGUGCUUACAAAAUUUCAAGAUAGGUUUUAUCCGCGACUUCACUGGCUUUUAUGUCCUAGAAACGUGUUAAUUAUUAUCGACGACUAUCCCUUUCUAUCCCUCGGAAACAGUAUUUUUCAUUUUCGAUAAAAGGUGCCCUAUGACUUUUUCUCUACCCUUCACAAUGUGUGCACAAAACUUCAUGAUAGGUUUUACCCGCGGCUUUACGGGGUUGAUGUCCUACAUAAAUAAGAGUCAAAGAUCGUCGACGACCACAUAAAACUAAUUUUUCUGUAUCUCUUUUCUGGAUAAAAGGCACCCUAUGUCCUUUUCUGUAUCCCUGACAAUGUGGGCACACGAUUUCGUGAAGGGUUUUAUCCACCAGCGUUUAUGUCCUAAAUAUGUGUUGAUGAUUGUCAACGACCACAUAAAACUAAUUUUUCCUCAGGAUAAGUCUUUUUUUCUGGAUAAAGGGUACCGCCUAUGUCCCUUUUUGUAUCCGUCGCAAUAUGUGUACAAAAGGUGUGACAUGGUUCACAAUUUCUCUACUUUUGCUAUGUAUUGUAGAUAUUUCUAGUCUUGUUCCGAUUUUAAUGGCUACAAGUUAAUUUUGCGAUUAACCCUCGUAUAAUAAACGGCAAUGCUUUUAAAAUUUCCUAUUUUAAAUUUUAAUUGUGACUGUUGGAUAUGCCAACUGAAAGUAUUGAAAACAUUGUAUCGCCCUAGCUGUUUACCUAAACAUAAACGGGCAGAUGUUUUCUUCAGUUUUAUAAUUGAAUUGAAAUUGCACACGUCCAGUAUUACAUUUUAACCGUUUGUGAACUUCACUACAUGGUGUUAAUUUUGAUUGACAAAUGAGUUGCUAUAAAAGUGUAGUAUUACUGCUAUUUUUACUCAUAGAAUUCGCAAUGCUGUCAAACGAUCAUUUGAAACACCCGCUCAAUUUUUUGGAUUUUGAUACGAAAACGUCAAUCUUAAAAAGGGAGACCAAGACUUUGAACGACUUAAAUAUCAACGUGGAAUCUAGUAGCAUGCCGAUAGAGUGGCAGAUCGAUGUAAUGGAUUUGAUGUUGGAGGCGUUCGCUUAUUACAAUAAUUUCGAUGAGCAAAUGCGAAUAAUUUCAACUGUUUUUACUGCACAACACGAUAAAUACGAUUGGUUCAUAGCAGUGAACGACGAAUAUCUAUACAAUCCAAUAAAUUCUUAUUACACCCGCGUCAUGAUUACGAAUGAAAACAAAACCAUUCACCUGCACCUGUUUGCAGGUGGUUAUUAAAUUGUUUUG